CAAUCUGGAUGGAAGAGCCAGUUUUAAAUUAAGUCCCAGCAGUGCUUUAUCUCGUAAACACAAGUAGAGGGACAAAGAAUUUAUUUAUUCUUCCCAUGUCUCUUUUUUAAACAGGUAUUCUUCUUUCUAGCUAAGCAACAUGAUGGAAAACACGUCGAAAACAAAUAAAAAGGAUAUUCAAGAUGGACCGCCAAAAGAAGUCAAAUUGCCUAUCGGUGAAGCACUUCUCGACUAUCACUGUCAAAUAAAGGAAAAUGCAGUAGAACGAUUCAUGGCUCAAAUAAAGAAAAUUAGAGAAAAGAACCAAAAGUAUCAUGAAAGAAAUAAACGCUUAAAGGAUGAACAGAUUUGGCACAUAAGGAACCUACUGAAGGAACUGAGUGAAGAGAAGUCAGAGGGAUUAGCAGUUGUAACAAGAGAGGAAGUUGAAAAAGCAAUGAAGGAAAAAUGGAAGUUUGUAAGAGACCAGGAACAAAACUUGAAAGAUAUGCACAUCCAAAUAAAUAACGCUGAGAAACUAUUUCUUGAGAAACUCAGUGAGAAAGAAUAUUGGGAGGAGUACAAGAAUGUAGGGAGUGAACAACAUGCUAAACUCAUUACCUCCUUACAGAAUGACAUCAACAGAGUUAAAGAGAAUGCUGAAAAAAUGUCAGAACAGUAUAAAAUCACCCUGGAAGAUGAUAGAAAGAGAAUAAUCAGAGAAACUUUGUUGCAGCUGAACCAAAAGAAGGAAUGGGCCACAGAGAAUGCUAUAAGGUUCAUUGACAAGGGCAGCUAUCGAGAGAUCUGGGAGAAUGACUGGCUCAAAAAAGAGAUCGCAAAUUACAGGAAGGAAGUGGAAGAACUGGAACAUGCUAUUCAUGAGCUGGAAGGAGAAAAUUUGGUGCUUAUUGAUCAGCUGUUCAACUGCAGACUUGUGGAUCUCAAAAUACCCAGGCGACUAUAUCUUGCUCAAGCUGUUGGACAGGAAGUGCCACAUGAAGAAAUGCCUUUGGAGUUGCCAGAAACAUAUAUAGUCAUCCCAGAAAAGUCACAAUUGCAACCUGCAGAAGUAAAAAGUAGAGACUUGUUGAGCUUAUCACUUGGGAGCAGUGCUUUACAUCUUAGUCAUGAGGAUAGCAGCAGAUACGGCCAGCAUCUGAAGACAGAUGAAGAAGAGAGUUCCAGUAUAGAGAUUGGAGCCUCUGACAUGAAAUACUUACUGUAUGAGGAUGAGCGGGAUUUCAAGGAUUAUGUAAACUUGGGCCCCCUGGAAGUGAAGCUCAUGACUGUGGAGAGCAAGAAAAUGCCCAUCCAUUUCCAAGAGAAGGAGACUCCAGUCAAAUUCUAUGAAGAUGUCAGGAGCCGGGAAAGCCACAUCACAUAUAAAAUGAUGAAGUCUUUUCUCUAAGACUGAAAUCUGCAAAGUAAAAACAACUUCUUAUACAUUUCCUUUGGGAACUGAGGUACAUCAGUCACCCAUUUUAUUUACUCUUUGGUCCAUUUUUAAAGCAGUUGUUAUUUCUAAAGGUCAUAAUUACAUUUAAAAUCAAAGAUCUGAGUAUUCAGCUAUUCAUUUACUUGCGUGGCCUGAGUGACAAAAAUGAAAGUACACUUUAUAUUUCCAUAUUCAAGUAUACAGGAGCAUGACAGUGGGCCAAGAUGGUCUCUGAGGUUGCUUACCACUUAAAAAUUUACUGAUCAAUCUAGGAUGCCAAUAUGAAAUAGUUCAAUUAGGAAUUUUCUGAGAAAAUUUAGAGGUUUGCAUAGCACUGACUACACAUCUUUCCCUCUGAGGGUGCUGAAUGAUAGAUAGCCAGUCCACAAUUCAAGUCUACUCUUCUUUAACCUAACACUAUAAUGAAAAUCAAACAUUUUAGAAACAAAUUUGAGGGUGGUAAUUUCUUUUAUAAAAAUAUCCCAUCAAUAGGGAGGUCCAUCUCCCAUCAGCUAUAUCAAGUCUAAACUGCUGAGUCUCUAUUCAAGGUCAUUAUUCCUUCCCUCUUAUUGGUACCACAAGCCAAGGACACUCUGACUGUGCCUGAAUUUGGCAUCAGCUUUCCAUUUUAAAGCUAGUUCUACUUAUAAAGCUUUUUACAAGAAACGCCUUUUUUUUUCUUUUUUUUUGAAACAUCUUUUAAAUAUAAGGCCACAGAUAGAUUGAAAGUAAAUACACCAUGCAAACACUAAC